GAAAAGGGUAUACUCCAGAACUCAAUAGCGAGGUCGAAUUCUAGAGAGAGAAACAAAAAGUCUUAUCCACAACUCUCAAUCUUCUGCGACUACAAUGGCGAUGUCGUUCGCGGCUCCAACCUCAGUGCGAACUAUCUGCUACCAGACAAACAACAAUACGUACUCGAGAGGACCAAAUUGUGUGCAAUGCAAUUCGGCGUUUCACAAUGCGGUUUCAUGGAAUUCGGCUGCAAACCAUGUGACGCUUCGCACUGGUGUGAGACGAAUUGCGUGGAAAACCCUUGCUGUGAAGCAAGUUUCUGAAAGGAGAACGUUAACAAUUAGGUGUGCAACUAUAGAAGAAAUUCAGGCUGAGAAAGCUGCAGUUGAGAACUAUGUUAAGCAAAGGAUGGACAAGACUAUUGAAAGUGUCAAGUCCAAAUUCAAUUCUAUAAGGACUGGGAGAGCAGCCCCCUCAAUGUUAGACCGUGUGGAGGUGGAGUACUAUGGGACUCCAGUCAGCUUGAAGAGCAUAGCUCAAAUUAGUACCCCUGAUUCAAGUUCUCUAUUGGUGCAGCCUUACGACAAAUCCAGCUUAAAGACUAUAGAAAAGGCCCUAGUUGCCUCUGAUCUUGGCAUGACUCCAAACAAUGAUGGCGAAGUCAUACGGUUGUCUGUCCCUCCGUUGACAUCUGAUAGAAGAAAGGAAUUGUCUAAAGUUGUAGCUAAACAAGCUGAGGAAGGCAAGGUAGCAUUGAGGAAUAUAAGAAGAGAUGGCAUUAAAGCUUAUCAAAAACUUGAGAAGGAUAAAAAGUUCUCAGAAGACAUUGUGAGAGACUUGACAAAUGAUUUGCAGAAAGUGACAGAUGAGUAUGUCAAGAAGAUCGACUCCAUCUUCAAAGAGAAAGAGAAGGAAUUGCUGACAGUUUAGCAGCGCAUCACAUAGAAAUGUAAACGGGAUGUAGCUUCAUGGACAGUACUUGUCUUGUUUUUCUUGUGGGAUUGUAUUCGUCACAUUUUUGUUCAAAAAAUCAAUUAGGACUGGACGUAUUUGAUCAGAAUUCCUUUUCUUGUAUAGAGCAAGGUUUAGAGACAACAGAAUACAUCUUUAUCUUUUCCAAAUACUAGCCAUAGUUCCAGGAGA